AUGGGCCCCCGCGUAGUUCUGGUUUUGGCGAUAAGCAUCGUCGGCACCAUGGGCUUUAUCCCCCAUGGUUCUAUUGGGGAAAAGGACCCUAUACUAACCGAAGCUUUGCUUCGUGAGGUAGUAGAGCGUAUGGGGAAGGACUUCAACGAUGCCGCGUCAACAUUCCUCGAGUUCCCAUCGAGCGACCGCCAUCUAGCCAUGAUGGCGCGAGCCAACAAGGAGCUGGAGCACGAGCAGCUGGACUACGACUCGUUGAUCGAAGGCAACCCCAGCCCCAGCUUGCGAGACCAAGAGUACUUGCAGCACAGCUCGUUGUGGGGCCAUCAGUACGUCACCGGCGGAGCCGGAGAGGGUGAACAGCGUCUCCAACCCUCCGGCGUAGUCCCAAACCGGCAGAUGAUAAAGACCGACGCUGUGCUACCAGCCUAUUGUAAUCCACCUAACCCUUGUCCCGUUGGCUAUACUGAAGAGCAAGGCUGCAUCAGUGAAUUCGAGAACACAGCUGCAUUCAGUCGCGAGUAUCAGCUUGCUCAGCGCUGUAUGUGCGACGGCGAACACAUGUUCAGCUGCCCAUCAGAUAGCUCCUCCGACCUAGAUCUACGCUUCCCCGAUACCCAUAAGAACUUGGUCGCGAAGAAGUACAAACCUGAUAUAGAGAACCCAUACCUGAUGGGAGAGCGUCUACCAAUCGCAGCCAAGAAAGGUUUUGAUGUCCACGUAUAUUAA